ACGUACAGGAAUCAAGGGCGAUGGACGGAAGCCGAAGAGCUAGAGGUGCAAGUGAUGCAGAUGAGGAAGAGAGUGCUUGGCGACGAGUAUCCUGACACGCUGACUAGCAUGAACAAUCUUGCCUUGGCGCUGCAAUCGCAAGCUCGCCGCCAGGAGGCUCUUGCACUGAUGGAAACAUGCUUCCAAUUGCGCCAGCAAGUCCUUGGCGAGCAACACCAUAAUACACAGUCGUCGUUCGACACGCUGCAUAGCUGGCGAGCGGAGUGUAUUAAUGAGAACCUGUGA